AUGACAUUGCCAAACCAUAGAGUUGGUCAUCCUGGAAGCGAUAUCAUAAACUUGUGGGAAACUACCAUGAUAAUUGAUGACUUAUCACUACUAUUUCAUCUUCCUUGUGGUUGUGAUUUACUCUACCGGUUUCCUAAUCAAACGAGUUUAAAAAACUGUUUAACGUUGUAUCCGUUAAUCUCUUCAAAUCGUCAUAAUAAUAAUAAUGGUCAUAACCAAAAUGAGGAUUCAAGUGUAUAUAUGAAAUAUCAAUCUACUCCUGCAUGGAUUGAAUCUGUAUGUUAUUCUGUUGUAUUAUCGGUUAUAUUACCCAGUCCUACCUCAUCCAAUUCAUCUUGUUCUUUUCGUUUGUUAUUUGUAUCUAUACGCAUUUGCGCAACACUGUUAUCGAAGGUAAGUUUAGCCAUAUAG